CUUUUGUUCAUUCAACAAAUAAACUCGUGCAUUAUGCAUGCUGUAAGAUCCAUAGGAUUUAAGUAGUUACGAUACUUAUGACAGCAGCUUCGUGAGAAUGACAUUUCCCCUUUUCAAGAAAUAAAAAUUAUUUCGUACUAUAUAACAAACCAAAUCACCACCGUACGAUUUAUUUCCAUGGAACAAGAGGACUUCGUCAAAAUUGAUUUUGAGAUAGUUCCAAUUGUUUAUGAGUAUACCAACCAAACAAAAGGCGGCAGUUGCUGAAAUAGGGUUGAACCCAAAAGUAAAUAUAGUGCACGAUUAUCCAGUACCUCAAAUAAAGGAUGAUGAGUUACUAGUUAGGUUGAUUUGCAGUGGUAUAUGUCAUAGCGAUAUAUCCUGUUUGAAAGGCGAAUGGGGUUUCUAUUCAAGCUGCCAAGUUAGUGGGCACGAAGGAGUUGGAAAGAUAGUCAAGCAUGGGAAGCUAGUCAAUCAAGAAGAAAUUCCAUUAGGAUUAACAGUUGGGAUUCCGCUCAUUUACAAUGAAUGUGGAUCAUGCAAAGCGUGUAUUCGGGGAGGAGAACAGUUUUGUAGAACUAAUCCUUAUUAUGGUUCACAAAUAGAUGGAACUUGGAAAGAGUAUUGUGUGAUUAAUAAAAAUAAUAUUAUCCCAAUACCUCAAAAUUUGAAAUCCUUCAAUGAUUUAGUUAAAGCAACACCAAUAUUAUGUGCUGGUGUAACGGUUUAUAAAGCUUUAAAAACAGCUAAUAAGAGAAAAGGUGACUGGAUAGUGAUUACAGCCGGUGGAGGAGGCCUAGGUACGUUGGCAAUCCAAUAUGCAAAAGAAAUGGGUUUCAGGAUAAUCGUUAUUGAUACUGGCAAAGAAAAAAAAGAGUUGACCUUAAGCUUAGGCUCAGAUGCUUUUUUUGAUUUCAAAGAAGAUGAUGUCGUGAAAGGGAUAAUGGAAUUGACAGCCAAAAAUGGAGCUGAUGCAUCAAUAAUGAUUGCCCCUAAUGAGCAUUCCUAUAAUCAGGCUUUCGAUUAUCUUGCCCCAAAAGGAAGCUUGAUCUCUGUAGGGAUUACAGAAGCCAGCGCCAGAAUAUCUGUUUCACCUUUCAAAUUGAUUUCUUCUGGUAUAAAUAUCACUGGAACUUUGGUGGGGUCUAAAUUAGAUCAAAAAGAAGCAUUGGAUUAUUUAUCAAGAGCGAGAAUCGAUCCCGUUACUCAUAUUGUAAAAUUGGAGGAAUUACAAAAUGUAAUUAAUCAAAUGAUCGAAGGUAAAAUCAAAGGUAGAUUUGUUAUUGAUCUAAGAUGAUUCAUAUAGUCUUU